AUGGUGGAUAGAUUCGAGGUUUUAAUUAAAGGUAUAAUAGAAGAACAUAACCAAUUAAAGAAAGAAAAUAGGAAAUUGCUUCUUGAAAACGAAAAUUUAAAAAUUCAACUUCAACAAAAUACAAAAGUCGACGGCAAGCAUGUUGGUGAUGAGAUGGGUGAGAACAUGAUCAGCUUCCAAAUACAAAGUAGCCAAACCAAUAACGAAUGCAAAUGGAGGCAUAAGUCUCAAGACACAAAUGCAUCACAAGGCUCUAGUUCGCCAGAAGACAGAUCAAUUUCAAUUGACAGGGAUCAUGAAUCAGAUCUACAACGAACUCUAGUUCGUAUGUCUCCAUUGAAGCAUUCAGGUUCGCUCGAAGAACCCAAAGCAGAGUUCGAAGUAACGUCAUCUCCUCUGGUGGAUUCAAGGUUAUACAAUUCUCAGUUGCCUACACAAUACUCUGAUGACUCGUCACCAACAAAAACAUACCGACCACGUCAGCUGCAAAAUUGGCAUCAACUAACCUCUUAUGAAAUAGAGAAACAAACGAAAACAGCACGAAGAGAUAGCCUUGACGAUCACAUUAAAGCGAAAGAAGAGGUAUCGCAUCAUAUACAAGGUUUCGCGGCAAUUAAGACGGCUAAUACCUUAGAAAAUGCUGAUAUGGUAGAGGAUUCAGAGGAAGAGACAUCGAGUAUAUUAUUCUCUAAAAGUCAACACAAACCAAUUAAACGUCAUUGUCGCGAUAGAUCGCCCUUAAGAGAUAUGACUAAUACUAACAUACCACCCCUACCAUCAUCAUACACCAAGUUACAGAGAAGACAGCAAAUGGUAAAAUUCUACAAAGAUCUCUUGCAACAUAGAACAGACUUUAAGAUUGACCUAUCAAGAAAUCCCAUCAAUGAAAGCCCAUGGGUACUUGCUGAUUUCAAACCUAAUCCGCACUACCAAAAACCUAAAGUCGCAACCAAAAUCGGCUAUUCUAAAUCACACCGAUUGGCAAUCCAGAACUUUUAUAACACCGCCAACAGGGGUCUUAGCGAGCCUGGUGACGUUAAACCCGUCUUAGCCACUCCUAAUCUGGGAUUAUCAGAGAGUCAGAUGUUCGACAGAAUUCCAUCUCCCCCAGGAUUCAUGAUGUCUGAUUUUCCAACUUCUCAAGAACAAAGGCGCCGUAAUGAUUUAGUCGCUGCUCGUCAGAGCGAUAGACUUCAUAGGAGACUAAUUCUGUGUUUAAGCGCAGAAGGAGAGUUCAUGUUUGUACACGAUAUCCUCAAUUCUUAUGUACGUGCCAAACGUUACGUAUUACCCAUUUUGGAAGUCUAA